AUGUCACCCAUGGCCGUCCUUCGUCUGCCGACGGAACACCCCACCGCACUUUCUCUCCACGACUACUACGACGCGUCGCCGGUGACUCGGACGUUCCCUCGUCCCCCGCUGAGCCUGCCCUCAGCCUUCUUCAACUCCGCUAUCCUCCAGUCGCACGGUUUGCGGUGCGAUCAUGCGCGCGGGUCGCACAAUCUGUCGCCCGAUCUUGCACGCUGGUAUGAAUCCCCUGCGCCGGUCGCACAAUCGUCUUCCCCGCCCGUCGCCGGCCAGCCGGCGGGCCUGCCAACGACCCGCAGCGGAGCUGGAGAUGCUACCGCUUGCGCCGCUCCCACUCCUGCCGGCCCUCAACAACGGUCUCUCGCUGACGGCAAUGCCGUCAGGGCCGUGAGACCUCUUUCCGGACCAGGGACCUCCCGCCCUGCCGCAGCACGCCACCGGGACGCGGAUCUCGCGCUGCCAGCAGCGAAGCGAGCGCGCGUGUCCGACACACGCUGCGUCGGAGUGGCGAUGGCGGCACAGGAGGGAGCGGCGAGCCCGAGCCCAUUACUGGACCUACCUUUGGACAUCCUGCGAGUCAUCAUGGUCAAAGUCGUCUCUCGCGCUCACUCGCCGGCUCAACUCGGCAACGUCAUGCUCAGCUGUCGCGCCUUGAGAGCACUCUGCUGGUCCCAGCAAGCGCUGGCCGCGGUCACCCCCGCCGUGCUGCACAUCCGCGCGUCCCAGUGGUCUCCGCGCGCCAACCGCUUCCUCUCCGCCUGCGCCGCCGCGGGGAACGCGCCCGCCGCGUAUUUCCUCGGCAUGAUCACGUUCUACAGCUUCGGGAACUACGCCGAGGGGGUGAAGCUUCUCGCAAAGGCGGCGCUGGCGGGACACGCGGCGGCCAUGUAUGUGCUCUCCGUUGUUUACUUCAACGGGAGCGGCAUGGCGCAAGCGCAGAGGAACCUUCCGGUGGCGCUAGCCCUCUGUGCGCGAGCAGCGUCCCUAGGCCACACUCCUGCCAUGCGUGAACUGGGGUACUGCCUGCACGAUGGUUACGGGUUACCACGCGAUGCUGCUCAGGCGCAGCAGCUGCUGCUGGAGGCUGAGGCUCUCGAAACGGCGGAGAAAGCCCGCGCGAAUGGCGUGGUGCAGGGUGGCGCGAAGCCAGCAGCGGUGCGCGGUGGUGACGGGGUGGACGGUUCUCGUUUGGAGCAGGCUGAGGAAGACAGGGAGGAGCAGGAGGAAGAGGAUAGGGAGGCGCAGGAGGAGGAGGCAGAUAUGAUGUUCGCACGUGAGAUUCUUCAAUCAGGAGAUUUGCAGAGCGCACUUCCCAGGGACGAAGGGCGUGUUGACGUUCCUCCUGCUGAAGCAUUCCAAGAAACUGCAGCAGCACCAGCAGCAGCAACAGAAGCAGGAGUGAGUGCAGACUCAGAUGCUGAAGCAGCACCUGUCGAUCCUGCUGCUCGUCUGUCUGCUCCUUCCAUGGAUGCCACCGGCACUAACAACAUCGCAGAUAUGCAAAGCCUAGACAGUAAGGAGUGGGAACCUAGCUCUCCCUCGCUCGCUGAACUAAUGGAGCUGCAAGAAGCCGAGAGUUGCCGCCCGGCAGACCCCGCCCACUUUUUCCUGCUGGAAUGGCAGAAGCUCAAUGGCCCUGCGUCUAACACCCACACCAUCCACGUUAGUGCUUCCCAGGCGUACCUUGUACACACACCAUCUCCUCCUUCCCAUGGUGCUGCUCCCGUGCCUUCUCCUCCUUCUCCCGCAGUUCCUGCUGCACCAAUUGCAACACCUCCCAUGCUGCAUGCAUGCUCCAACCCCCAGUGCGGGCGGCAGGAGACGAGGGAGCAUGAGUUCCGGUGUUGUGCUGCAUGCACCGAGGCCAAAUACUGCUCCAGAGCGUGCCAAGCUGCGGACUGGGUUGGGGGUCAUCGUGUUGCGUGCACUAUGUUAGGCGCUGCCCUCGCAGCUAUGGCGCAAGGAGCUAGAUUCUAG